UCGCUACUCGCAAGUGUCGAGCAUGAAACGAUAAGUGCGAAAUCCGUAACGCUCGCAUUCUGGUGUAUCCGUACACCGUGUUUAUUGCCGCCAUUUGGACGUCCGCCGUCGCGUACACGUCGCCGCGACCGUUCGUCCACUUGCGCAUCUCGCCGCCAUCGUCCAUUGAACCGCGCUCUCGCCCGACCCGUACCGCCGCUGAUGUAAACGGGCCCCCCCGACCGAAUGUGUUGGACGUGUUGAGAGCUGUUUGGGAUUACCUAGUCUUUGACUCACACAUCGAUUGUCAUAUGACGUCCCGCGUUUCGGCAGCAAUGGAAUGCGCUAGCAUUGGUACUGUCCCGACUUGCUUGGCAUUAGCAAAUUGAUUACUGCAAAACACAAUAUACCUGUUAAUUCUUGAAAAACUAAUAUCAGAAAAUUUAUCAUACACCUUUAUUUUAACUCUGCUAUGUGGCAUCAAUGCUGCAGAAGGCGGAGUUAGGUUUCUAUCAUUUGCAAACUCAGCAUGUCAUAUAGAACUAAACGUCAACCGAUCUCUAAAGAUGAAUGUCCAUUACCGACAAAGAGGCGGAAGGGGCGCCCUUCGACGCUACAGGAAGAAGAAGAAGCGUCCUCCUUAGAUACUCAAAGUGGCUCGCGUUCAGAUAUGAGAAUACCAUCAUCAAUUUAUAAUACACGGACUACAACUGAUGCACCAGCUGAAUUAUUUCGUAAAGACUUGAUCAGUGCCAUGAAGCUUCCUGAUUCUGAACAAUUGUCUACUGAUGCAUACUGGAUUAUUAGUGACCAAUGGAAACAAGAGUGGGAACGAGGUGUACAAGUACCAGUUAAUCCAGAUUCUUUACCUGGAUCAAGUGUUCAUGAAAUUCCCGUGGUCUGCUUGCAGUCUUCAACUAAAUCACCUAGGCGUUCACCAUCAUCAAUUUAUCAUUCUCAACAUAAUGAAUUCAAAUUGCCAAAACAUAAAUAUAUUCGUAUCACUAAGGAUGAGCAUUUUAAAACCGAAGAACAUCAAUUAUCACUUUUACCUUUGAAAGCAGAAAAAUCUUGUUCAUAUGAUAUGGAUGAUUUAGAUUCAGCUUGGUUAAAAUUGUGUAAUGGAGAAAGAUCAUUAGGAGGCUUACCAAAAAUAAAAGAUGAUCAAUUUGAACAUGUUAUGGAAGAGUUAGAAAUGAGGUGCUGGGAAAAAGUGCAAAAAAUAAUUAAAGAAGAAGAAGGCCUUGGAAUUGAAUAUGAUGAAAAUGUUAUCUGUGAUGUGUGCCGAUCGCCUGAUUCAGAAGAUGGCAAUGAAAUGGUGUUUUGUGAUAAUUGCAAUAUUUGUGUUCAUCAAGCAUGUUAUGGUAUUACCACAAUUCCUUCUGGGUCUUGGCUGUGUCGUACUUGUACUUUACGUUUUCGUCCGGAAUGUGUACUUUGUCCUAAUAAAAAUGGUGCAAUGAAAUGCACACGAUCAGGCCAUAAAUGGGCACAUGUAUCAUGUGCAUUGUGGAUACCUGAAGUUAGUAUUGGAUGUGUAGAAAAAAUGGAACCUAUCACCAAAAUAUCUAGUAUACCUCCUAGUAGAUGGGCACUUAUAUGUGUAUUGUGUCGAGAACGAGUUGGAGCAUGUAUACAAUGUUCAGUUAAGACAUGCAAGACUGCUUAUCAUGUUACUUGUGCUUUUAAACAUGGUCUUGAAAUGAGAGCUAUUAUUGAAGAUGAGAGUGCUGAAGAUGGAGUAAAAUUACGGUCGUACUGUCAAAAACAUAGUGUAACUAGUAAAAAAGAUAGAAAUUCUGGUUCAGAAGAUGAAGAUUCUACAAAAAGAAAACGAAAAGAUAUGACUUCUGAAGAAAAAAAUCAAGCUAGAGCAGCCAAGUAUGUUUAUUACAUAAAAUUUAAAAUAAUACAUUUUAUAAAAAUGUUAAUGUUUUUUCCAAGGUUGCAAGAAAUUGAAAGUGAAUUUGAAAAGCAUGUUAGUGUCACUGAUGUUACACAAUGCCGUGACGUUGAUAAUGAUGGUAUUCUAUAUAUUUAUAAUUAUUGGGUAUUAAAAAGAAGAUCUGGAAAUAACAGACCAUUGUUAUUACCAAAAUCUGAUGAUGGUGAUCUUCUUGGAAGACAGCAAGAACAAGCAGAUUUAGAAAAACAUAAGAUGUUUGUACAACUUAGACAAGAUUUAGAAAGGGUACGAAAUUUGUGUUAUAUGGUCAGCAGAAGAGAAAAACUUUCUCGUAACUUGCUCAGUUUACGUGAGCAAACUUUUCACAAACAAGUGGCAGUUCUUUCAGAUCUUAAGCUUAAUCUUAGUUCAGCAGAAGUAUCAGCUGUCCAAGAAGCUAAUCAUGGACCAUCAAUAUAUGAUCGAUUAUACUCAUAUCCUGAUGCUCCUGACUUAAGCACUGAUUUUGAAACAAUGUUGUCUCGUAUUGCUGGAGCAGCUUCACCAGAAAAAUCUAAUUAUACUGGUUUAAAAUGGCCCCCAAGUAAUAACCCAUAUAAGCGAACCUAUAUCAAUGGGUCAAUACGAUACUCAAGUAUGUCAAGCAGUAGUGAUCUUGAAUUAAAACCCCCUAAAUUAAUCAGUAGUGAACGAUCAAGUAUGGAUGAAGCUGAAUUAAUCAAAUCUAUGUUGAACAAACGUAAAUUAAAAGAAAAAAGGCUGAAUAAAAAACGUUCAAAAACAAAACUUUCUACUGAUUCAUCUACUGAAGAAGAAAACGAUAAAGUGAAACAAAAAUGGAGUGCAUCACCCAAUAAAAAAUUGUUACAAAUUGAAAAGCAGUUUGGUAGUGAUGAUAGUGAGGAUGUUGCUUUACCUAAACUUUUGUCCAAACGUCCAACUAAGGUAAAUAAUAUUUAUUCUGACUCAGAUUCUGAAGUAUCAAACAAAGAAGAUAAUCUAUCUUAUACACAUACCAAAGCAGCAGUUAAAGAGUUCUCUCAAGGAAAGUCUAAAGCUAAAAAUGUAAAAGAUAAAAGUACUUCUGUGUCCAAGACCAAAGAAACAUUACUGGAGAAAGACAUUAAGAAAAUGAAAAAAGAAGAUGGUAAAAAUAAUCCUACGGUGCCUACAGAACUUAUUGUACCUCAAAGACAAGCUGCUAAGAAGGCUACUGAAAGUAUUCACCGAGUACAUAAUAAGCAUGACGAAAUUUUAAAUGAAAAGAAAUCUCCAGAAAAAUUAUUUUCAACACAUAAAAAAUCUCCUGAAAAGGUUACAUCCAAUAUUAAAUCACCAGAUAAACAACCCACUAAAGUUAAUAAAAUUAAAAACCUUGAAAAAUUAAGUUCAGUAGAUAAAGAAUCAGAUCCACAAGAUUCAUUCAGUUUUGUUCCACAGAGGCAAGCUGCUAAAAAAGCCAUUCAAGGCAUUAAGAGUGGUAUGACAAAACCUGUUGAAGAAACUAAAGUACCUGAAUCUGUUAAAAAAGAUGAUUCAACUAUAAAGUCCAAACGUAGUACAAAGUCUUCUUUAUCCUCUACAUCAAGCAGUAGUUCUUCUAGUAGUUCAUCAAGUACUUCAAGUACUUCUAGUUCUUCCUCUUCAUCAGGUUCGUCUUCAUCUGAAAGUGAUACAGAACCCGAAAAGAAAAAUAAAUCUAUUGAGCGUGUAAGCCCACAAAAAGAAGUCAAUAAAACUAAAAGCCCUCCUAAAUCUAAAGGUUGGUUAUCAGAAAAUAAACCUAUUAAAAUUAGUUCCUCCUCUAGUAGUGAGUCUGAUAAAGACCAAAAAGUGAUCAGGGCGCCAGACAAGAAGCUUAAAACUUCCGACAGGCGGCCUGAACACAGGUUUCAGGAUCCGCCACCUAAGAGAGAGGAAUCUAGAAGAAAAUCGAUUGGAAGUGAUCGAUGCGAUACUGUUCAAAUCGUCACAUGUGGAGAUUCUAGUGUCCGGGAUGAUGGAAAUAGAAAAUCGAGCGAUCGUGACUACGUUGGAACAUCAACUAGUCAGCCGGACGGAAAUAAACUUGAAACGAAACAGCCCGUACAUGCAAUUGAGGACAAAGAGAUUGAGAAGAAGUUGAAACUUGAUGAUGGAGAUCAAAGAGUUCUUAAAGAAGACCAUGGCCUUAAUAAAACCAUACAAGAAGUGAAAAACAAAAAUGUUGUACCAGUACAACAUACAUCUGAUAAAGAAAAUAAAAAAACCGAUGAGUUAAAUUUGUAUUUACCAGGUGGUCAUCGCUUAAAUGAUCUCAAAGAUGAAAAUUUAUUAAGUUCUUCGUUUUUAACUAGACAAGAUAUAGAACGAGAGUUGGUUAAUAAUGAUUAUGAUAAAAAACUUUCUAAAACGCCAUUCAUCUGUAAUAAUCAAUUUUCUGGUGGUCAAAGAUCAAUAUUUUCUCCACAACAAUGUAAUAAGGAUAUUCCAGAUUUUGAUUUUGAUAAUGAUAUGCUUGCUGUUGAACAAGCAGCAAAUGAGGAAGGAUUUGGGUUGACAAGAGAUACAGAUGUUCGAAAUGCGCCAUUGUCUUUUACAUUUAACAAUGAAUUCCUCUUCAAAGAUGAUUCAAAAGAAGUAACAGCUAGAGAAACCUUAAACCUUGUUGAAAAGUUAAGAUUAGGAAUCACCAAAAAAUCUGUACCAUUAGAAAAUGAAAAUAUAGAAAAUAUUGAGUUAAACGAUACUCCUAAAAUACUCGACCCGCCUAAACCAUCUGAACCAGAACAAAAGACAGAUAAUAUUCUUUAUAAUGCAUACAAUAAAUUCCAUCAACAGUCCAAUGAAGUUGUAGAUGUGAAUAAAGUUCCAGAACGAGAUAAAUUGGAUAGGAGCGAAAGCGCUUUAUCUGAUGAGAGGUGGGUACCACCAAGUCAGCGUAGCCAGGCAGAAUCUCCAUAUCAGGAUAUUAAUGAUGCAAACCGUUGGUCAGAUAGCGUUGUAAUGCCAUCCAGGCGUUCUGAUACAUCAAAUGAACCAUCUCCAGAACAUCGAGAUCCAAGUACAACAGAGUCAUUAUAUCAAAAUAUACAUCCAUUUCCUUCAUCUGUUCCAAUGCAAAUGGACAAUAUGCAGUAUUCUCAAUACUCGGAUCCAUCUUUUAUAUUGAACCCACCUACUAGUAAUCAGAUGUCAUUUAUGUCUUCAUCGCGAACUUUUAAUCCUCAACAAUUUUCAAUACCUCCACCAUUCUCAACUCAUCAAUCAUUGAUGCCAGAAUCGAAUAAACCUUUACAUUUACAAACUCCCUGUACAGCAGCCUUCACUUCAUCAACUCAAAAUAUGGCAUUUACUGCAGCCAUGAUAUCUCCAAUGACACAUCAUGAUAAUUUUAUUCCACCAUUUAAUGAUAUAAGUAUGUAUAAUGAUAGCAAUCUUUUGAUGGGUUCUGGUACUAAUAAUUUAUCUUUACAUACAGAAACUGUGAUGCAUACUGUUUUCAAUGCAAUUAAUCAAGCAUCUCUAAUAGAUAAUCAAUUAUCUGUUAUACCAACAAUUAAAUCUCCUAAGAGUCCUAGAGUUUCUACUAGUAAUCAAAUGCCUGGUGAUCAUAAUCUAAUCCCAGUUUCAACAAAUAACCAAAUUCAAGAGAUUAAUUUACAAUCAACAUCAAAUCAACACCAAGUACCAGUAACUUUAAAUAACCAAACUGAAGUAACACUUCCACAAAUAAUUUCUAAUAAUCAAGAGCCUGUUCUUAGUCAAAGUAAAAUUACUAGUACUGAAGUAACGUCCACCAAUCAAUUAACGUUAACAUCAACACCAAAACAAAUACCUUUGAAUAAACAGUCUAUUCCAGAAGUACAUACUCCAUCUGUAUGUCAAGCAGAGGUUAACCAGAACAUUAAUCAAACACCAGUACAGACUCCUAUCAGUGUCAGCCAAGUAUCUAAUCAAACUACUCCAAGUAUACCAACUCCUAAACAAUCACCUGCUCUUCCUACAACUCCUUUGCCAGAACGAUCUCCAAUGUCCAUUAUUGCUUCAUCUCCUUCAGUGACUAGUUCACCUCAUCCUAAUCGCACACCUUCUGAUAAAAAAUCUCCUUCUAAACCUACUCGAUCUUCGAGCCGUGUUACUGCUCUAUCUUAUAAAUCACCUGAAAUAGUUGAUCAUUCGCCAGAAGUUAAAAAGCAAAACAAACGAGGACCAAAACCUCAGUCCAAAUCUUCUGGACGUGGUCGUGGACGCGGACGUGGACGUUCAUCAAAUCAUUUUACUGAUUAUAACCCUGCUGUUAGUAAACUUGCUGGUACUGCCUAUGAUCUUGAUUUUGUCGAAGAAUUUGGCAAUGAUAAUAAUGGUGUUAUGGAAAAUCUCCGAGCAAUGCGUGAACGUAAAAAAUCUGAUGUUAAAGCGGAUAGUAAAUCGCCUGUGUCUCCUAAAGUCCAUAGCAGUCCUAAUAACUACAGAAGAAAACAUGCAAGUAUAAAAGAACUUAAACCCCCUUCUCCUAUUAUUGAAACUACUAUUGAAGAUCAACCAGCUCAAAUAUUAAUAAAUGAACUGACUCCUAUGAUACCAGGACCAGUAGAUAUGAGAACGUAUAAUUCAUAUGACAAUACAACAUCAUAUUCUGAUAACAUUUAUGAUGCUAAUACUAAUGCAGAUGAUAAAGUAACUGAUAUUGUAAAUACCUUAAAAGAAGACUUACAGAACUUAUCAAAAUUAUCUUCCAAAGAUAAAGAUAUAGAAGAUCAAUUAAUUUCAAUGGAUGACCAAAUCAAAAUAGUCAAACUACCACCUCCUAUAGAAAAAGAACCGGUAGCCUCGAGUACAGUAUUACAAAGCGAAUCUAGGAAUCAAUUAAAAGUUAAAAUAAAAGGUCCUUUCUUAAAUGCUAAAUACAAUAAUGUUCAAAAUCAACCAAUAUUACCAACAAUUGAUACAUCGGCUAUAAGUAUGAAUAUACCAAGUCAUUCAGUUCCUCCUUCAGAAGCUGCUAGUGUACCCUCCAAUUUCAGACAAAUGAGGAAAAAGGAAUUGCUUCGGCAAUAUUGUAACCAACAAGAUAAUAUAGAACAGACAACAAACCAUCCUAUAGUCCCUCCACUAAGUCGAAAUAUUAUUACAAUACCAAAAGCAGUUGCAUCGAUGACUACAAUUCCUACUAAAGAAGACUACAAAGCAGUAGUAGAUGCUAAUAUGGAAAAGAAGCGCACUAAAUAUGGGUCUGAUGAUCCAAAAUCCAAUUAUUUUAACAAUAUUCGUAAAGAAGCUACUACACCAAAGAUAAAAAUCAAAAUUGGUGGUGAACAACCCAUGGUUACAACAAUGGAAGAAAAACGUAGUCUUCGUCCACCUAAAAAGAGAAUUUGUGACACUCAAAAUGAUGAGACUAAUCAUUUGAUAGCACCUACUAUGGAACAAUUACGGCGAGACAGCAUGAAAUUCAGAAAGAAAGUAUUUGCUCGUUUUGAAGAAGAUGCAUUAGCAUCCACUUCAAUUCCUUUAACUCCUGCUACAAAGAAUAAAAAGAAACGUCGGUCUAGUCCAUCAGUAUCUAGGAAAAAGAAACCACGCACAAAUAAAGAGAUAUCUCAAGUUCAGGUAAUAGAGGCCAAAGAAAGCACUCCUAAAUUGAUUAUUAGAUUCUCAAAAGCAGCGCCUGAUGAAGCUGCAGUCAGUGCAGUAACAGAACCGAAAAAAGCUUCUCCCAUUAAACUGAAAAUAUCUAGAUGUAAAGAAGGAUAUGUUAUGAAACCUCCAAGUAACCAAACUAAUCCUGAUACUUCAUUAAAUAACAACUGUGAAGUUCGGUGACGGUAAAAAUUCUUAUAAUUUUAGAUCAAUCUUAUCAUUAAUAAGCGUUUUGUAUAAAAAUUUAAUAAGAUGUAAU